AUGGUGAUGUUGGCACGGCUACUCGUCGACAAGGAGGACAAAACGGCGUUAAAAGGACACUUUGAGGAACUCUCCGAAACGACUGCAGAUCAACCGGGCGACCUUGGAGGACCUCGCCCAGAACAGACUGACAAGGAGAAGAAAAGUGCAGACCGGCACAGCCAUCUACGAAGCAAAUCGUAUCUUUGUCGCCAAAGCCGAAAUGGAGGCUUGCAAGUCACAAAUGCCUCGACUUCUCAAUGCCAGCGUUCAGCCUCUUCCAACAUACCCACGGAGUCAACGAACGUUCUGGGCACCAAUCAGUCUCGUAGGACAUCUUCGGACACAAUUGGCCAACAGCCGGACAACGUCUACUCAGACUCGCCCCUGCCGAAAACGCCGCGACGAUGGUCACCCCCGUCACCGCCGAACACACUUUCGCUGCCCCGUCCCCAUCAAUCACCGGCAUCACCCGCCGUGCCCCAAUCCCUGCGUCGACCACGGCGACCAGCUCCACCAAAAACACGACAUCACUCCUAUGGGACGACAUCCGACGCCCCCUCGCCUGUUACAAUCACCACCAGUGCCCUCACCUCCAACGAUGUGGAUUCUGUACAUAUCUGUCUCCAUUGCGAUGGCACAUUCACCUCACACAUAGGCCUAGUCGGUCACAAGCGAAUCCAUCUCACGGAGGCUGGCGAACCAGUGCCUGGAGCAUCAACCUACACUCGUCGCAUCUGCCUCAACUGUCCUCACUGCACGUGCACAUUCGUUCACCGAAUGGGCCUACUAGGCUUCAUGCGCAUUCAUUAA